AGAAAAGAUUAGAAUGGGAUUGUAUGAUAUUUAUAUAAAAUAUGUAGGGAUAUUAAAAUCAGAUUAGUGUUGAGUAACACAUUCAUGUCAUUGGUUGUAAUUUGUAAUUUGGCAUUUGUAUCAUACCUAAAAGAGAAUGAUGAUAAUAAUACUUAAUUAACAGCAGAUAUUACGAACAUACCAACUUCAGAUCCUGAAAAAUAUAAAACCUACUUGAAUCUCUCAAUAGCUGCGUUCUGUUUGAUGUUAGUAGGAUUUUUGGUAGGAAUGGUUUAACCAUUUUUGAAAUAAGCAGCACUUACUUAUGUUUAGGCUUUAUUAAUAUUAACAGGAUAUGUGUGUUUGUUUGCAGGAAUGUUUAUUUUAGACUCAUUUUCUUAUGGGUUUAAUGAUGAUAAAACAUUCAAUUACCAAGUGGCAAGUUUUUUUGGAAUUGGAGGAGUUUUCAUUUAAGGAAUGGUUAAUUCAUGGAGAUAAAGGUCUGUCAGUUGAAGAAAAUCAUAUAAAUAAUACAAUAAUUAUGGCAUUCAAUUAAUUAAAG